AUGAAAUGCCCUCGUCAAGCUCAUUGGGAUGCAGCUAUACGUGUUGUACGUUAUCUCAAAGGCUCCCUGGUCAAGGAAAUCUCCUCUCUUCCACUUGUGAUCUUCAGGUCACUGCCUACUGCGACUCAAUUGGCAAUCAUGUCCUUUCACUCGACGCUCCCUCAGCAGUUACGUUAUCUUACUUGGCGAUCGAUCUCUUGGAAAACAAAGAAGCAAGAUUGUGUAGCACGUUCGUCUACAGUAGCCGAAUAUCGGGCCAUGGCAUUUGCGACUCAAGAAAUCUUAUGGAUCAAGGAACUUCUCCAGUCCAUUGGGAUCCCACAUAAGUCUCCAAUGAAGCUUGUCUGCGACAGCAAGUCCGCUCUUCAUAUCGCAGCAAAUCUAGUCUUUCACGAACGCACUUAA